UUUUUGAUCAAAUCUACAAAAAUGAACAUCCGAUUGAGUUAUUUUGUACCAUGUUUCUUGUAUGUAACAAUAGUACAGUCAUCGGUUCCAUAUAUGACCAUGAAUGGAGGAGUUAAAAUGCCUGCAAUAGGCUAUGGAACAUUUUUGAUGAUGAACGAAACAGUUUUAAAAAUAGCCCUAAACGAAGCGUUAAAAGUAGGCUACCGUCAUAUCGAUACUGCACAAUUUUAUAUGAACGAACAAGUGGUCGGAAAAGUUCUCCACGAAUGGUUAUCUUCCGGGAAGUUGAAAAGGGAAGAUUUAUUUGUCACAACCAAAUUACAUAUAAUUAAUGAGUUUCCCAAUAAAGUAGAUUCUGCUUUGAAAGAAUCUUUAGAAAAGCUGCAGCUAGAUUAUGUCGAUCUGUUUCUCAUUCAUUUUCCCAUCGCCGUAGACUUGACAAAAGAAGGAGGCUUUGUUCCUAGGCCGACUGAUCUAGUUGGUGUGUGGAAGAAAAUGGAAGAACAAGUUGAUUUAGGAAGAACAAGAACUAUAGGAGUCUCUAAUUUUAACAUAACCCAGAUGGAAAAAAUCAUGUCACACGCUAGGAUUAAGCCGGCAAAUCAUCAACUUGAACUUCAGCCCUAUUACCAACAAAGAGAACUGCGCAGAUAUUGUAGGAAACAUAACAUUGUCGUUGUUGCUUAUUCGUCUUUAGGUGCUCCAGGAUUCUAUGAGUUCGUAAAAGCUGUUGGACUGGAUCCAAUAGAAGUGCCACCUGUGUUGGACAAUCCAGAAAUAAAAAGGAUAGCAGCGAAACAUAAAAGAUCUGCUGCUCAAGUUAUUCUGAGAUUCGUUUAUCAGUUGGGUGUAGUUGUUAUACCGAAAAGUGAUCGUAAAAAUAGAAUCAAAGAAAAUUUCCAAAUAUUUGAUUUUUCUUUGGAUAGAAACGAUAUGAAACAAAUGAGAAAACUAGAUCUAGGAGAAAAGGGCAAAAUUUUCGAUUUCAAAUUUUUGCACCCUGAGAUAUUCGACCACCCUGAGUACCCCUUUGCAGGCUUAAAAUAUCGAAAAGCCACAUAAAUAGUUAAUUUUUUUAAAUGUAUGUAGAGAUAAACAUUUUUAUUUAAAUAUAUGUAUGUACAAAAC